UUUACUUUGAAGUAGACAUUGACCUUUUUCUACCGGAAGAGAAUCUACCUUUACUUCCUUUCUUUAACAGCUGCAUUGCACGGGGAUAGCAAAGCAGUAUAACAGCAAAUUAAACACUGAAUCUGCAAGUCUAGCUUGGACACCAGAACAAACAUGUCACACACAAUUCUGCUUGUCCAGCCAACAAAGAGACCAGAGGGGAGGACAUAUGCCGACUACGAGUCAGUCAACGAAUGCAUGGAGGGUGUGUGUAAAAUGUACGAGGAGCACCUGAAGAGGAUGAACCCCAACAGUCCCUCCAUCACCUAUGACAUCAGCCAGCUGUUUGACUUCAUUGACGAUUUGGCGGACCUCAGCUGUUUAGUAUACCGGGCGGACACUCAGACAUACCAGCCAUACAACAAAGACUGGAUCAAGGAGAAGAUCUACGUGCUGCUGCGGCGUCAAGCCCAACAAGCUGGGAAGUAAAGACAGGAAGGGAAGGAGCUGAGAGGUUGCCCCCUUUGCACAGCUCUAGGAUCAGUUUACUCCACCCUGAAAUGAAAAUCACUAGGAAAUGAAAAGCCCAAACUGAUUCGGGACCAGUACAUAGGGGCAACUUCAUCCUUGGCUUUUUGGUAGAGGUUGUAAAGAGGGAGGGGGACAGUGGCCCUUUUCGAAUACACAACGUGCAUUCACCCUCCCUUGAGAUAAUCACAGAUCGAGAAGUGAUUGGAUAGAUGAGAACAAGGUUAUCAACCUAUUGCUUUCACCAAUUCAACUGAAUCUGAUCAUUGAUUACGCCAAGUAAGGGAGGAAAGUAUUCGAACGGCGACAGUGAUCUAUGGGCGGGAGACAAGCCUAUCAUUUGUUUGGGUCUAUUCUUUGUGGAAGUGGCUAGUUGAUUGAAGGACAAAUGUAUUGGUAAAGAUCAUUAAAUGUCCAUUUCUGUUCAAGGAAGAGGGUUAUGAGGAGUGACUUUGCUUAGUUUUUUAAUGAAAAUUGAAUUGAAACAUGCCACUGAUGGUGUCCGUUAAGGGUGCAAUUUGGUAAUUUUGUAACAUUGACGAAUGUGAUUUACCUUAAAUGCUGAUUAUUAAUUUAGGGUGAAUUAUGUCAGCUUUAUUUUCCGUAUUUGCAACUCUUACUACCAUUUUUAUUUUAGACCUGUGAAAUCCUGUUUUUGUAAACUUGAUAUUUGGAAUUUCUGACAUCUAAUUUCAUGUUUUCUCUGGUAAUUGUUUUUUCUCUGAAUACAGGAAAUAAACUUUUCAGAUUUUA